AUGGGUGAUCUUAUUGUUAGAGCAAAGGAAUUGGAAAAUGAAUCAGAAAGGAAACUAGGUGGAUGGGGAUUUUUCUAUUACAAAGAACCCGAAUACGAAGAGGCUGCUCAUCUUUUGCAUGAAGCUGCUAAUUGUUACAAAGCCGCCAAAUACUGGGAUGAAGCUGCAGCAAUAUAUAUCAAGUUGGCAGAAUGCCAUUUGAAGACUAAACGGAAGCAUGAGUUUGCUGCCAAUUCUUAUGUACAUGCUGCAGUAUGUUAUGAAUCUAAACAAAACAUCGAGAAGGUUAUCGACUCCUUGGGAAAGGCAGCUGAGAUCUUCGAAAAAGGACUUGAAACAAUGCCAGCUGACCACUGCAAUCAGAAUGCUGGAAAACGUUAUAGGGAAAUUGCAGAACGAUAUGAAUCCAACCAAAACAAAGAAAAGGCUGCCGAGUUCUAUGAAAAGGCAGCUGAGCUUUUCGAAAAAGCACAACUGCUGAUGUCUGCGAACCAUUGCAACCACAAAGCUGCUCAACAUGCUGCUCAGAUUCAACACUACUCCAAGGCCAUUGAAAUUUAUGAGAAAAUUGCAAGUCACUCACUCAACGACAGCUUGCUUAAGUACCAAGCUAAAAGGUAUCUUCUUGAUGCUGGAAUAUGCCGAUUUUUCCGGGGAGAUGAUCUUGAUUCAAUCACCAAGGCACUAGAGCAGUACCGGAAAUUGGAUCCAACCUUUUCCGACACAUCAGAGUACAUGUGUCAAUAGACUACGAAUGUGGCCAUUUUGGUGAGCAAAUAAAAGUGGUCGGCAAAUUUGUAUCCGUUAUUUUUCUUUUUGUAUUCUCGACUUCACACCUACUAGCAGGUAAUAUUGUAAAAAUUACAUAGGAAAAUCGACAAACUAAACUUUACAACUUCACAACGGGUUUCGGAACGAGUUGAGCUAAAGUUUCAAAAGGAGUUAAAAAUAAAUUUUCCUAUUUACUUUUAACUCGUUUUUACUUCUUAAUUUAUUGGCGCCACUAUUAAAAAAGAUAGUGAAAAACGCGUGUAAAAGUAAAACAUUUUAACAGAAUUGUCCCCACGAUUAAAAAUGAACAUUUAACAGAAAACGAACCAAAAGCAAAAGCCUCUUCUUCUGCUGACCUUCCCGAUAGUCCGAAUACCAAGUCGGGUCAAAUUCCGGAGCCUAGGGUUUCCACUCCUACUUCACCCCACCAAAUCCCUAAUUCCAAUUUCCAAUUGAGAUUUACCUCGUUUUAGGGUUUCAGAAAUGGUAUUAGAGA